CGUGGCCGAGUUUGCUUGCAAGCUCAGUCCCACCCUCGCGAGAGCCCCCCCCCCAGUUUAUUCUAUUCCUUCUCGACAGCCUGUGUUACCCAGAUCUGUCACUUGCAGCAUACAUCUUUCCAUCUCCCCUGCUCAGGACCUCCCUCCCCACUUGCCCAUUCGAAAUUUCUCUCUCUCCUCUCCCCUCUUCGUUUCGAAUUCGAUCCGGCGCCAUGUCGACCUCGGCGGUGUUCAAUGGGGAUGAGGUCGCUCCUUUCUUCGGCUUCAUCGGAGCCGCAGCUGCCCUCGUCUUCUCAUGCAUGGGCGCUGCAUAUGGAACAGCCAAGAGUGGAGUGGGAGUGGCAUCCAUGGGUGUGAUGCGGCCAGAGUUGGUGAUGAAAUCUAUCGUGCCAGUAGUCAUGGCUGGAGUAUUGGGUAUUUACGGACUGAUUAUUGCCGUUAUCAUUAGCACUGGAAUCAACCCCAAGUCAAAGCCCUACUACGUGUUUGACGGCUAUGCGCAUCUUUCAUCUGGUCUGUCAUGUGGGUUAGCCGGCCUGUCCGCAGGCAUGGCGAUUGGCAUCGUUGGAGAUGCUGGUGUCAGAGCGAAUGCCCAGCAGCCCAAGCUCUUCGUUGGUAUGAUUUUGAUCCUCAUUUUUGCCGAGGCGCUUGCUUUGUAUGGACUUAUCGUCGGCAUCAUCUUGUCUUCCCGUGCUGGACAGUCCCGAGCUGACUAGACCAACGUUGAUCAGGUUCGAUGUUUUCCGACAGUAUAGAAGGUGUGAGCACACGUCCUAGAUGGUUAUUAGCAGAGGCUUGUGUAUGACCAUUCACUGGAAUCGGUUUUCCCCUUUUGCAGAGGAUGUUGUAGCAGAGGCUUGUAGUCAUUGGCAAAUUUGAUUUUUUAAUGUAGCGUUUGGAUAGAUGUCCCCCGCCAUGAUGUCGAUACCAAUGACACCUUAUAAAUCAUGCCGGUCAACUUCAAGUGGGUGGUUUGAAGGGCUUUGAAUUCUUCGUUUUUUUGAUGCAA